AUGUCGUUUAGGAGACGAGGAGAGAUUGUUGAAGGGGGCCGUACUGAUGGUUAUUCAAUAGCGAGCAGAGCUUCUGCGCAACUUUCUGGGAGACAAACGGGCACAGCUUCUGCACAACUUUCUGGGAGACAAACGGGCACAGCUUCUGCACAAACGGGCCUUCCCUUACGAGGUGCCUUGGCAAAGCCACCAGCAAGAGGAGUUAUACCACCUCAAAGGCAUGAAAAUGACUCGAUUUCGGCUGCUGCGAUGAACCCCGGGAUACGACCGUCAUUGAUUACUUCUCAAUCGACGACAUCUACGGGGUGCUUAGAUUUAGAUAAAAUAUUGUUACAUCAAGGUUUGCCCUUGGGCCAUUCCUUGCUUAUCGAGGAGUCAGGAACCACUGAUUUUGCUUCGGUAUUGCUUCGCGGAUUUGCUUCUCAGGGAAUCAUGCAUAAUAGAAGUGUUUCCCAUGAGCACAACCAGAACCAGCACCCGCACCAGCACCCGCACCCGCACCCGCACCCGCACCAGCACCAGCACCAGCACCAGCACCAUUAUUCUCAUGUCAUUGUUUUGGGUAUGUCGUCAUCAUGGGCAAACGACUUACCGGGAGUGUACAAGGGCACUUCCAAAGAACAGAAAAAGGCCAAAAUUGCCGAAAACGAGUCGAAAGUGAGUGUUUCAAAUAUAGCGUUUGGUUCUAGUGGUAAUAGAAAUGACUCGAAAAUGAAAAUUGCCUGGAGAUACGGGCUUAACAAGAAAGACGAGGGAGAAGAAGAUAGUAAUAGUAAUAGUAAAAAGGGCGGGAGAAAUAAAGGUAGAUACGAGAAUUAUAGCCAUCAAUUUGAUAUUACUCAAAGAUUGACACCCGGUCCAACUCCACAGGAUAUCUCGUUUGUUCCAUUGACGCACACCGUUAAUGGGGUCAUUAGUGCACUUGGUAGUAUAAUUCAAGCGCAGUUGAAAUCUAAUCGAUCCAAAGUGAUAAGGCUUGUGAUACCUGGGUUUUUGAAUCCAUCUAUAUACCCGCGGCUGUUUAGCGAGCCUACAUUUGUGUUUCCCUUUGUUCAUUCACUUCGAUCCUUGUUGCGGCAGUUUGAAAGUAAUCUCGUUUUAAUUAGCUCGCUCGCACUAGAUUUGUACCCAAGAAGUAGCAAUCUCACCGGAGUGUUGGAAUCCUUGUUUGACGCGCUGAUACAUCUCCAGCCAUUCAAUCAAGAAAUGAGUGCAAUGAUUGAAAGGACCUACAAAAACGAGCCAUCCAAGAUACAACAGGGUCUAGUAAAUAUUGUAAAAAUACCAGUUCUAUCUGAGAAGGGUUUAAUGAUGGUUCAUGAUGGAGAAUAUGCGUUUAAGAAUGAUAAAAAGAGAUUCAAAAUCGAACCUUGGAGUAUACCAGUGGAAGACGACUCAAAGGAGACAAAUUCUAUAUUAGAAGGAGCUCAAACUAAAAAAGAUAUCGAUUUUUAA